AUGGAGCAGUGGCUAAAACCAAGACUUCCGGCGGGGCAUGCGAAGUCCCGGCGAUUCAGCUUUGGCGGCGGUGGCAUCGGCGGUGGCGGCGGCGUCUUGACCACGCUCCGGGCCUUCACCUGCGAUGACCUGUUCCGCUUCAACGACAUUAACUUGGAUCCACUUACAGAAACUUAUGGGAUUCCUUUCUAUUUACAGUAUCUUGCCCAUUGGCCAGAGUAUUUCAUUGUUGCAGAGGCACCCGGUGGACAGUUAAUGGGCCAUAUUAUGGGUAAAGCAGAAGGCUCCGUUGCUAGGGAAGAAUGGCAUGGGCAUGUCACAGCUCUGUCUGUUUCUCCAGAAUUUCGACGCCUUGAUUUGGCUGCUAAACUUAUGGAGUUGUUAGAGGAAAUUUCAGAAAGAAAAGGUGGAUUUUUUGUUGAUCUCUUUGUAAGAGUAUCUAACCAAGUUGCCGUCAACAUGGACAAGCAGCUGGGCUACAGCGUGUACAGGACGGUCAUCGAGUACUAUUCAGCCAGCAAUGGGGAGCCCGACGAGGAUGCUUACGAUAUAAGAAAAGCACUUUCCAGGGACACUGAGAAGAAAUCCAUCCUACCAUUACCUCAUCCUGUGAGACCUGAAGAUAUUGAAUAACCAUGGGCAGUGGUUCUUAGGUUAAUGCUCCAGAUAUUUUGUGGAUAAUAUUAUUUUCAUUGGAUGACAUUAGACUUCUGUUAGAGAAAAGCACUUAUUUAAAAGUACUUUAAAGACUUCAAGAAAAUAUUUUAAUUCCUUGUUUCCAGGUAGCAUCAUCAUACCUAUUAAAGCUGUCCACUGUAAUAAAAUUCAGUCAGAAAGGCAGCUAAGUCAGAUGGAAACAUUCUAUUAUACUAUCAUAGUUCAUAAUAUUCACUAUAUGCUAGGAGGAAAAAAGCCCCAAUCUCCUCCUAAAUUCUAUGCCUGAGAACCACUGCUGCAUAAAUAUAAUUUUUUUUAUUUGGUAUUGAACUAUUGAUUGAAGCUUUAAAACAAUUUAUGAAAUAUUAAAUCUAAGAUGUAUAAUAAAGUACACUGUUGACU